GCUCGACUCGUCCUUCCAAUUGCAUUGAUUCACUCCAUGCUGAGCAAGCUGUGCUCGUCCAUUGGGGAUUCGUGCAGGCCCACUUUGACGACGACCACUCCCAGGGUACGGAUCCGUAAGAGGUUCCAAGGCUCUGACCGCCCGAAAUUCCAUUCUACAGCACCCAGUUCAAUUUCCCGAAAGGACUUCCCGCCCCAGGAUCACCACCAUCUGCCUUGUUGCCGGUGGGUGGUUAUGUGGCGGCGCUCCUUGUCCAACUCCUCCUUUCCAUGAGCUCAGGGCAGCAUAUGCAAAUUUGUUUGAUUACUUCUAUUUCCAACACUCUCUUGAAUGAUUAUAGACAUCUCAACGGCCUAGCCAGGACUGUCAGUGCCAGGCGAUACAACCUUUGGAGACCGAGGCAUCGGCGUGCCUGUAGCGUCCCAUCCACUCCUUUCAAGCGGCGACGAAGACCUCGAGGUCCAGCAGCAAAUCAGCUAGUAGCUGUUUCUGCUCGUCGAGCACUCCAUUCAUUUCCCAGGCCAUUCACUGCAGCUCUCAUGGCUUCUAGCGAGGUUCGGCGCCGUGGCGCAUCCAUCAAAACCACAUCUAUCGAUGCUAUGUUAGCUGAGACGAGCUCCAAUGCGGGAGGCAGCACCAUCGUUUGCGAUGACCAACAUUCAGACAUUGCUUCUAUGCCACCGCCGCGUGUCGGAAGAAGCGACAGUUCUUCUAAAGAUAGCCAGUCGGAUUUCACGCUUCAGCCGUGGAGGAGCUCAGCACCUCCCGUCUCCUCCGCAAGUGAAACAUUCGAAACGCGCUCGACGCGAUCCAGCUCAACAGCCUCUCGGAAUGCCAAUCGUCUCUCUCUGACGCUGCCUGUUGCUCCUGCGAACAGCAUGCCAUCAAGACCAACACCGACCUCGAUUCCCCCAACGCCUACAGAAACCAUUGGUUCGACUAUGGCGUCGCCCGUGGAUCCCAACGAUUUCAUAGUAGCAAUCGCUGCGCAAGAACGUCGCGUCCUGGAGCUCCGAGAAGAACUCAGCAGAGCAGAGGCCGAGCUCAAAACACUGAAGACGAGGUGGAAUUCUUCAGAAGCGCAUAAGAUCAGAACUACAAUCCGGAAACGAGAGCCUGUACGGCCCGUGCCUACUGGAGCGGACGCUCUUGGUGCGAGUGACAGUCCCACCAAUCGCCGCAGCCUUGACAUUGAGCGCAAAAAGGCCCUGCUCUUGGCUAACGGAACACCGAGAGAAUUUAAGAGGAGAGUCAUGCGUGGCGGGCAUACGCGGACAUUAUCUCUGCUCUCACCAACAAAAUCCGAGCACGAUAUUUCUAUUCAUAAUGACGUUGAUACAUUACGAUCCCCAGAUGCCCUAAGAUCUUCUCCAGAUUUCCCGCCGGUACAUCUGACCAAGCGUGCUACGUGGGCACCACGACAAUCGUCGCCGCCAAAUGGAGUGAAACAGAUAGCCCAGGACUUCAGACAAGGCUUGUGGACGUUUGUGGAAGACCUUAGGCAGGCCACUGUAGGCGACGAGGGAAUCUCGGCAACAUCGAACAGGACCAGUGAAUUCCCAGCAAAGCCAAACAGAGCCAAUUCGGAUCAAGAUACUAUUCGUCCUUCUAAUGCCAACAGAGGCCGUAUUCCUUUCGCCACGGAUUCCGAGAGUCAGAUGGAGAUUCCGAGAAAGGCUUCGCCGGGCAGUUUCCAAGACCGCGCAAGUCAGAAUCAAAGAACGCAGUCUAAGCCGGACUACAAAGCUAGGAAACAUUUCUCCUGGACGCCCCUGACAUUUGACGAUUUGGGCGACGACGACUGGUCGAAUUGGGACUCGCCAUCUAUAAAGACCUCGCGAUGGAGUGGGAGCACUGUGAACGGGGAUAUCAUUCCCGCUGUUCCCGAGAAAGUUGUUGAAAACGAGGCUACUUUAAAAAAGCGAUCGAGCAGCGAUUUACGAUCCCCCUCACCGCAGACACCUGGCAAGCUUGGCGAGAUCCCGUCUGCGCUGCUAAACAGCCUCACGCCUAGCAAUAUCAAGAGGUUCUCAUCAGACUUCAUUAAGGAAUGGGAAAGGAGUUUGUCGCCCCCAGCCGAUUCGAGCACGUUCGAGCCCAGCUGGGAGAGCAUUAAGGACAAGGCUCACUGACGUUUCAUGCGCAUCAUAUGCAUGGAGUCGCCCCUGCUGCGGUGGGAGCUCUAUGAACUU